UGUAAACACCUAUCUUUUGUAGAAGCAAAGUUUGAGGUUUCAGGCAUGGUGCCAAACAUGGAGGAGCCCCUUGUUGUGGGCAAUGUUGAGAAAAUAGGAGGGCCAGGAGAAAGCUUGGUAGUGAUUGAGGUCAAGAAGCAGAUGUACCUUGCUGGGCCUCUCAUCGUUGGAAGCCUCCUGCAGAACAUCAUCCAAAUGAUAUCUGUCAUGUUUGUCGGUCAUCUUGGUGAGCUCUCUCUCUCGAGUGCCUCCAUCGCCACCUCCUUCGCCGCUGUCACUGGCUUCAGCUUGUUGGCUGGCAUGUCAACCAGCUUGGACACACUGUGCGGGCAAGCCUUCGGAGCAAAGCAGUACUAUCUUCUUGGUAUCUACAAGCAGAGGGCAAUCCUUGUGCUCACUCCUGUGAGUGUCGUGGUUGCUGUAAUCUGGGCAUACACCGGCCAGAUCCUUCUGUUCUUUGGCCAGGACCCUGAGAUUGCCAUGGGAGCAGGGAGUUACAUCUGGUGGAUGAUUCCAACACUGUUUGUUUACGGUCCGCUGCAGUGCCAUGUCCGUUUCCUGCAGACACAAAAUAUCGUCCUCCCCGUGAUGCUCAGCUCAGGUGUCACAGCACUGAACCAUAUGUUGGUGUGCUGGUUACUGGUUUACAAGCUUGGUCUGGGCAACAAGGGUGCUGCCUUGGCCAACACAAUCUCUUACCUGACCAACCUGUUAAUCUUGGCUCUCUACAUCAGGAUCUCUCCAUCAUGUAAGAGAACUUGGACAGGGUUGUCAAUGGAGGCGUUUCAUGACAUCGUUAGUUUCUUUAGGCUUGCUGUUCCAUCUGCGCUAAUGGUUUGCUUAGAGUGGUGGUCGUUUGAGCUCCUGGUACUUCUUUCUGGAUUUCUUCCAAAUCCUAAGCUCGAGGCAUCGGUACUGUCCAUCAGUUUAAAUACUAUUUCGUUAGUAUUCAGGAUCCCAUCUGGUCUUAGUGCAGCUAUAAGCACCCGUGUAUCAAAUGAGCUUGGUGCUGGGCAGCCAAAUGCUGCUCGUCUGGCGACCCAGGUGAUCAUGGUCCUUGGUAUUUUGUCAAGCCUAUCAGUUGGUCUUCUUAUGAUUUUGGUGCGCAAUUUGUGGGGGUAUGCAUACAGCAACGAGAAGGAAGUGGUGGAUUACAUUUCCAGAAUUAUGCCAAUUCUUGCCGUCACAUUCUUGUUUGACGACAUGCAGUGUAUUCUUUCAGGUAUUGUUAGGGGCUGUGGCUUUCAAAAGAUUGGUGCUUAUGUCAAUCUUAGUGCGUACUACCUUGUCGGCAUCCCUGCGGCUUUAUGUUUUGCCUUUGUGUACCACCUUGGUGGAGUGGGGUUGUGGUCCGGAAUAACUUGCGGACUUGUCGUGCAAACGGUGUUGCUCCUGUGCAUUACCCUGCGCACCAACUGGGACAAAGAAGCUUUGAAGGCGAAGGACAGAGUUUUCGGUUCCUCCUUACCCGUAGACUUGGCGACAUGAGACACACGAGAUGCAUUAUUUUCUAGAAAAAAUUGGCCAGGAAAAGUGCAAUGAGAUAAGGAACUGAUGAAGAAUUGCUCACUAAACGAGGUGCUCUGUCUCAGCUGUCACUAGCAUUGCGCUUAUUCAAGGAAACAUCUGGAAAUGAGCUUAUCCUCUUUGGUAAAUGUUUGCCGGGUACAGGAAAUAAAUUGUCUGGAUGAGCCAACACUUCAGAAUAUAAGAUGAGGGAAUAAAUGUUUCGUGACUAGCAUCCACGUUAUGCCUUUUUGUUCUCUUAUCUUAUGAAGUUAUGAGUAGAAGAUUUUGUGAGGAUUUAUUA